GUUCUCAAUUGGGGAUAAACAGAGGAAGACAUGAUAUUGAACCAAGACACAGCUCACCCUAACAGAGCACUGACUUUGAAAAGCAGGGCAAGAAGAAAGGUAGGGGGGUAUCUGGGAAAGUACGAGUAUUAAGAAUGCCUUCUGUUUAAAUAGGGACUUUCUCCAUGUGGAUUGCUAAAAUCAAAAAGAUAUUCUGGAAUCCGGAGCUGUUGACUGGACUUUCAGAGGACGGAUCAAAAAACUUUUUUUCUGGUGAUCAUCUUUUUCCUGGAGGCUCUUAUAGCCAUGGAUGGAAAAGCAGAUGUGAAGUCUCUCAUGGCGAAGUUUAACACUGGGGGCAACUUGACAGAGGAGAUCUCUAUUGGCAGUCGACCAUUCAAAGCAGGAGGACAUCCUGCCCCUUCAGGAAUACAAGCAAAGAAAAAUAUAUUCACGAACCAAGAGAAUGCCAGUCCACCUCCAGGGCCCAACAAUUUACCCAAGUUUGGGACUCCAAGGCCUCCUUUGGGAGUAAAGCCUUCCUUUGAGGAGAAAAAUGACAAGGAUCCCAAACCCCCAUAUCUGAAACCUACUGGAGUAGGCCAGAGAUUUGGAACUCCAGCAAGCUCAGCCAACAGGGACUCUGAGGUGAAACCAGGAUUUCUGAAACCCGUAGGUCCCAGAGCAUUUGAUCAGCCAAAGGAAGAGUCCAAACCUGUAUUCCCAAGGCCCUCUGGGAACAAAGCACUGCUUCAUGCCGUCAAUCAAGAGAAUGACUUAAAAGCUCCUGGCCAAAAACCUGUUUUCAAUGCUUCAGCACAAGAAAAUGAAUCUAAGCCAGUUUUUGCAAAGUUGGCUGGCCCUAAAGGAAAGUUCCUCACCUCUUCCCAAGACCAUGACCACAAACCCCCUUUCACCAAACCACCAAUUGGACAGAAACCUUUUCUCAAUGCAGAUAUCUCCCCUGAUGACCAGAGCCCCAACAAGGGCACAUUUCCACAGAAGGGGCCUCCUUCCAAGCCCAAAGUCAACCCUCUUAAGCCAACAAAGGAAGAUACUGAGAACAAAGACCAGAGCAUAGACCCCUCAACUAUGCCUUUCCCUGGUGUGACCCUGAAACCCGUUGCCAGCAGAGGGACUCCGGGCUUAGCCCCCAGCCUUCCCAAAAAUUCUGAAGAGAAAAAGGAAGAAAGGAAAAUAGAUGCAGCUAAGAACGUAUUUAUGAGUAAAAUGAGCCAGGAUGACUCUAGCUCAGGUGCCACUCCACCAAAGUUACCCAAACCACCUUCUAAGCUGACUGUGGUGGGACCUUGGGACCGAAGUCAAGAGAAAGAAAAGGGAGAUAAGCAUUCAGCCGUUCCUAAGCAGAAACCCUUGCCUGCACUGUUUACCCUUGGCCCAGCCCCACAGAAACCUAGCAGACCACCUACUGUUGACUUGGCUCGAUUCCGAAAGGCCAGUGCUGCAAACAUUUCCAACAAAGGAACAGUGCCUUAUUCUGUGACCACAUCACCUCCACCUCCUCCACCAGCACAUCCUUCUGCUCAACCAGCCCUUCCAACCUCUUACCCAACACAACCACCAGUUCCAAGUCUACCUCCCAGAAAUAUCAAAAUUUCCCCUGAGCCAAGAAGUUCAAUAAAUGAGGAAAAUUAUGAUGAUGUUGAUAUGCAAUCCAAUGAUCCUGGAAAUCCAGAUGAGGAUCAAGACAGCAAUGAAGAAACAUAUGAAGACAUAGAAGCAACAAAAGAACGAGAGAAGAAGAGGGAUAAAGAAGAGAAGAAAAGACUAGAGCAAGAAAAGAAAGAGCAGAGGGAGAAGGAAAAAAAGGAGCAAGAAAUCAAGAAAAAAUUCAAACUAACAGGCCCUGUUCAAGUCCUUCAUCAAGCUAAGGCUUGCUGUGAUGUCAAAGGAGGGAAGAAUGAGCUGAGUGUCAAGCAAGGAGAGGAAAUUGAAAUAAUCCGCAUCACAGACAACCCUGAAGGAAAAUGGUUAGGCAGAACUUCCAGGGGGACAUAUGGCUAUAUUAAAACAACAGCAGUGGAGAUCGACUAUGAUUCCUUGAAAAGAAAGAAAAAUUCAAUGAACACCCUUCCAUCAAGACCCACGGAAGAUGAUCAAGAACUGUACGAUGAUGUUGCUGAACAUAGUAGCAUUAGCAGUCAUAGUCAAAGUGGAAGUGGAGGAAUGUUCCCAAUUAAGGAUGAUGAAAUUUAUGAUGGUGUUGAAGAAGAUGAUGAUAAUGGCUCCACGCUACAGGGCGAAGAGAAGAGUAAUUCGUGGACCUGGGGAAUUUUGAAGAUGUUAAAGGGAAAAGAUGAGAAAAAGAAAAGUAUACGAAAGAAAUCUAAAGACACUGAGUCAGACAGUAAUGAAGAUAUGGUUUUCCCUUCUCCCCCAAAGAACCUUGGAUUGGACGUAGGAGAUGAAGUCUAUGAUGAUGUGGAUUCCUCUGACUUCCCUGCUCCACCCAUAGAAGUCAGUUUAGGAGCGAACUUUGGCAAAAGCAAGUCAGAAGAAAAAGACCUCAAGAAACUGAAAAAGCAAGAAAAAGAAGAAAAGGAGUUCAAGAAAAAAUUCAAAUUUGAUGGUGAAAUUAGAGUUCUGUAUACAACUCAAGUGGUGCCUACCUUACCUUCUAAAAAAUGGGGAACCAGAGAUUUGCAGUUGAAGCCUGGGGAAUCUCUUGAAGUCAUACAAAGUACAGAUGAUACAAAAGUGCUGUGCAGGAAUGAAGAGGGGAAAUAUGGCUAUGUCCUUCGAAGCUGUUUGGUAGACAAUGAAGGAGAGAUCUAUGAUGAUAUUGCUGAUGGUUGCAUCUAUGACAACGACUAGUAGCUUUCCAUUUUCAUGGCUGUCUUCAUUAGAUCCUGAUGUGCAUUUUCAGUUUUAAUUGUCAUAUUAUUAAGACAAAACAGCAGAUGAAUGAACAAAAUAUACUUUAUUGUUUGAGUUUUUUUUUUUUGUUUGUUUGUUUUUUAAGUACAAUUCUCAACACAAAGACCUGGAAAUUAGGGCCCUUUUGAGUUAUAUUUAUACAUCCAAAAAGAGGUUCAUUGAUAAGCUAUGUAUCCGCUUCUUCUACCAUAAUCAUGAAUGAAUUUUUUUUAGAGACUACUUAUGCAAUAUUUUAAGGAUAUACACAGUUCACUAAUAAGAACUUGAUAGACUUCAGUGACAGUACAUUUGAUAAAGAUGCCUAAGAUGGGAAAUAUUGUGAGAAAGAAACUCAUUCACAUUUAAUUUAUGAUUUAAAUCAAGGAAACAAAUAUAACUUGGUAGCCAAAAAGGCAAUUUUUCCAUUUUAAAGACUCUUCAGAAAGUUUCUUAAAAUUAAAUUAUAUUCAUCAUAUACUUUGCAUUUUAAAUUUGCAGAAAGUCUUGUCUGUGCUUGUUAAUUUUGAAAACAUAUUAACUGUUUGCUAGAGAGCUUAAAUUAUAAUUUUAUGUAUUUUUGUACAGUCAUCUAAGGUAAAUGUUAUAAAAGUAUAAAUCCAUUGAUCUCUUAGCUGAUUUUUGAUAUGCAAAUAAUUUGAUUUUGUUCAUUAUUUAAAGGGAUAUUAUCUGAAAACUAAAUUAAACUUUGACUAAAUAUAAUCACAACAUUAUGUGUAAUAUUCUAUGAACAGACCUAUUUUUUAUUCCAAAUCUGUUAGAAAGACUUUAAAACUAUAUUCAACACCUCUCCUUGUAAGAAUUUUUCUUUUCCAGCAGAGGGAGUACAAAUGAACAUACUGCUAGAAAGAUGUCCCUUAUUUAGUCAUACACUUAAUUCAAAAGCAAACUAGAACCUAAACCAAGGGUUAUAUAUCUAGCUCCAGUUUUUUUCUUAAGAAAAAAAAAAAGUUUCAAUGGACAUGAAAAAAUAAGGAUACAACAUCUAACAUUGUGAAAAAGAUAGAUUCCUCACAUCUACUCAGUUCUGUUGCCUGUAUAAACUCAUCUAUAUAAUGGGAGGAUCUUAAACUCCUUGAUAUUUCAUUUUGUCAUCUGCCAAAUUAGAAUGCUGAAUUAUAUAAUUUCUAAGGUUCUUCCUUUAAAGAUGAUAAAUAUGUGGCCAAAAACACAUUUGUUUUUUCAUAAUUUGGUUGCAAAUUAGUAACACAGAAUAAGCACUGGAUGUUUUUCUGCAAGAGAUUUAGGGGGAAGAUUGAGAAAGGAUUUGUUGGUUAGUGCACAACAGUUGUUGAAUUUGUGCCAUUUUGUAUAUUUUUCAAGUGUAGCAUAAUGACUAUUGAAGAAUUCCAAAUAGAUCCAUUCUCUCCUCCCAUUUUUUUUUUCCUCUCCUUUCUGGAGCAAUGCUGAAUGAAUCUAACCCUUCUAUAUGAUACCACUUUAAAUACCUGAUGAUAUCUAUUAUAUGUUUCAAAGUUGCUAUUUUAGACAAUACCAGUUCCCCUAAAACAAAGAAUGUCUAAAAUUUUGACCAAGAAAUUACCUCUCUAAAGGGUUGAUCUGGGUGCUUCUACACAGAGGGAAAAUUGUAUACAUGCAAAUUCAUCUUUUUAAAAAGAUAAUUCUAUAAGAUAAUAUUAACUCACUAAAAUGUAAAAAAAAUUAUAAAUGUUUUAAAUAUUUUAAAAUUCUUUUUUGCAUUCUGACAAAUGAAAUUUUGAUGUAUGUGAUAAGAAAGCUACUAAUAAUGUAUCCUGAAAAUUCUCUAGUUUGGGAGGAUUUUAAUUGUUUCACAAAUCAUAACACAUUAAUAACACAGACUUUGAAGCCAAGAAAAUAAAUUUUUUCCCUCAUGUUAAUAAAGUAUAUAUUCACUGGUAUGAUACAGAAGAAAUGUCUGCUUACAAUGGAAAGAAAUAUUACCUCCAAUAAAUGUCUCUGAAAUAGCUUUGUAAAAUUACUUUUGAACAUUAAAUAAUAGCAAAAACCUAUUGUUCCAGAUCUAACAGCAUGCUUUUGGGUUAUGGUUAAUGUGGUUUGCAUUAUGCACCU